UUUGUUUUGUGUUUUGCUGCGCUGCAUAACCGAGACGCACUUCUAAUCGCUGCUGCUGACAUCAUAACUGUUGUCUUUCUCAAGAACGUUCGAGUUCGGCUAUCAGAGUGCUCUGUGCAAUUGAUAUUUCGCGUGUGCCAUCGCAAUCAGCUGCGAAUUCAAAGAAACACUGUCCACGAUGAGUUCCACCUUAAGCUACUACGUUGUCGGCGAGGUCAUCUGCGAUGAAAUUCUGGGCUUACUGGAGAAAUACGCCAAUGAAACACUGCAGAAGCAGGAUUACUUUCGCGUAGGCGUGUCAGGUGGAUCUCUAGCAGAUAUUGUAGCGGAGGGCUUGUACGAUCUUCGAACUGACUUUAACAAGUGGCAGAUUUUUCUCUGUGAUGAGCGUAUCGUACCUGUUGAUAGCAAAGAUUCCACCUACGGAAUCUAUAAGCGUGAUCUUCUCGAUCGAAGAAGUGAGGUCCCUAAAUCGUCUUUUUAUCCAGUCAACACUGCACUGAGCCCAAAGGAAGCGGCUGCAGAUUACGAAAAAACUAUCCGUAAGGCUUUCGGUUUGGAGAAAAGCAAGGAAAUUCCGUCUUUUGAUAUGUUACUGCUUGGCAUUGGGCCCGAUGGACAUACGGCUUCGCUGUUUCCCGAUCAUCCAUUGUUGGAUGAGAAGAAUAUGUUGAUUGCUCCGAUAGAAAACUCGCCGAAGCCGCCUCCAAACAGAGUAACGAUGACGUAUCCGCUUAUCAACAAUGCGAAAGUGUGCAUGUUUGGUGCCCAGGGCAAAUCCAAAGCGGAAAUUUUAAAGAGAAUUCUUGUGGACAAGGACCAGUCACUGCCGGCAACUCGUGUCGACCCGGUGAAUGGACAUUUGAUCUUUGUGGCCUGCGACGAAGCCGCCUCUCUGGUCGAUAUCGAUCCAACACGCGAAAAGGACGACGAUUAGGGUACAGUUUUGUGUCCGCAAGAAGGGUGUAUCACAAAGUGCAUUUCACCGUCACAAUGGGUGUCUAUAUUAUAUGGAAGUGCUUUGGCAUAAUUGCUUUAGAUGGGAAUGUAUUGAUAUUAUCAAUUUAACCUUCUGGUGUCCGUCUUGUGCCUUAUCCAGUGAAACAGUUCGCUCGCAUUGUAUAUCUGUUCUCAUACUGAUUUUUGUUAAAAUUUGUUUUAUUUUUUAGUAGUUCAUCUUGUAAUAUUUUACUUUCGGAGCAUAAGAUCAUGUACAUCUCAUGCAAUGUUAGCUGACUAUUUUUGAUUUUGAUCGACAGUAAAUGUGGACAACAGGGGGUUUCCAGGCAAAGAUUGUAAACUAUUUUAUUUACGAAUGUUUAAUCAAUAAAAUCAUUUACACAAGUUUAAA